AUUUUCAUUACAUUUGCACAAUCCGGGUACAACUACGACAAACCGGAUAAACCGUUCGGUGGAAGCGGUCAGAAGCCGGGUGGAUCGUCUUUUGGACCUGGUGGAACGGGUUCGUCGUUCCCUCAACAACCAUCAUCGCAGUACGGACCGCAGAAACCAUCAGGACCAUCUUUUGGAUCCGGAUCUUCGUUCCCGCAAACCCCUUCAUCGACUUAUGGUCCUCAGAAACCGUCAGGACCCAGUGGACCGUCUUUUGGACCUGGUGGUGCGGGAUCUACUUUCCCGCAAACUCCUUCAUCGUCUUAUGGACCUCAGAAGCCCUCUGGACCUAGUGGACCGUCUUUUGGACCUGGUGGUGCGGGAUCGUCGUUCCCGCAAGCUCCUUCGUCCACGUACGGUCCGCAGAAGCCUAGUGGUCCCUCCGGAGGCUCUUCUCAAGGACCAUCUUCGCCUGGUUACGGUGGAGCGCAAAAGCCGUCUUUCGGUGGUGUGACUCAACAGCCGCAAGGAUUCAAGCCUUCCUUCGGAGGCGGUGCUCAAGGACCUUCCUUUGGAGGCGGUGCUCAAGGACCUUCUUUCGGUGGUGCCCAGAAACCAUCCACUAACUACGGUGUGCCUGCAACUGGUGGACAGAAACCCGGUUUCGGAUCUUCGCAAGGUCCUUCCACUCAGUACGGCCCAGCUCAAGGUCCUUCAUUCGGUGGUGCUCAAGGUCCUUCCGGACAAUUCGGAGGAGCUCAAGGUCCAUCCGGACCUUUCGGAGGAGCUCAAGGUCCAUCUGGACCUUUUGGCGGUGCCCAAGGACCAUUCGGUGGAGCUCAAGGACCAUUCGGCGGCGGUCAAGGUGGUGAUUUCGGUGGACACGAUGAUGGCUCUUACAACGGCGGCGAUUACUCCGCGAUUCCCGGUGAACCGGACGUGGAUUAUCCAAUCUUCUCCGAGAUUCCAACUACGUCCUUCAGCUGCGACCAACAACAGUAUCCAGGUUACUAUGCCGACGUCGAGGCCAGAUGUCAGGUGUUCCACGUGUGCGCCAACAACAAAACAUACGACUUCUUGUGCCCCAACGGCACCAUCUUCCAUCAAGAGUAUUUGGUGUGCGUCUGGUGGAACCAAUUCGACUGCAACUCCGCACCUUCCUUGUACGGAAUCAACGCGAACAUCUACGAUUACACCAUCAUCGGUGCGGUUCAAUCGCCCGGUGGAGCGUAUCCAGGCUCCGAUGGAUCAGGACAAGGACCUUAUCCUUCAGGACCCUCCGGUAAACCAGGAUCUUACCCAUCGGGACCUUCCGGUCAACCAGGAUCAUUCCCAUCAGGCGGUUACCCAUCCGGACCAUCGGAUAAACCAGGAUCUUUCCCAUCCGGACCUUCUGGUAAACCAGGCUCAUUCCCAUCGGGCGGUUACCCAUCAGGACCAUCGGAUAAACCAGGAUCUUACCCAUCAGGACCGUCCGGCAAACCAGGAUCAUUCCCAUCCGGUGGUUACCCAUCAGGACCUUCUACAAAACCAGGAUCAUCAUUCCCUUCGGGACCUUCCACCAAACCAGGCUUCCCAUCGAGCCCACCUACCUUCCCAUUAGCUCCAGGAACAACGGGCAGCUUCGGCUCCGGUUAUCCAUCUCAAAAACCGUCCGGUCCAUCUUUCCCAUCCUCGAACCAGCAACAACCGGGCGGCUUCCCAUCUGGUCCUUCCGGUAACCAACAGCAACCGGGCGGUUAUCCUUCGACCAGCGGAUUUCCAUCAGGACCUUCAACAGGCGGCGGCAGCGGUUUUCCAUCGGGACCAUCCACAAGCGGCGGUGCCAACGGUUUCCCUUCGGGACCUUCUUCAGGUGGGUAUCCUUCGGCGCAGGACUCCAGACCUCAGACAGGUUCGACGACCCAGCAACCCAACAGGGAAUACCUUCCGCCUCACAACGGUUGA